AUGAACAUUGCAAACUCUCCAAUAAGAGGAUGGACGGAUUAAACCAGGUCUCUCUUUGUGGAUGGAUGGAAUAAACAUGGUCUCUCUUUCUCUCUCUCACAUACGCACUCUUCAAGUGUGCAAAAAAUGGAUACCCGUCUUUUGCUUCUGUUCUUCCUCUCGCUCCUCUUUUUCUCCAUUGCAGACUCCUCCUCCUUGCCCAGAGUUGCAAUGCAAGGCUUUCAGAAGGGUGAUCUUCUUCAAGUAAGAGUAACCAAUCUAUCAUCAAGAAAGACACGACUUCCAUAUGAUUAUUAUUUCCUGAAUUACUGCAAACCUGAUCUGAAUAUGAACAACAAUGAGAACUCUGUUUAUACUCAUGGAUUCUCACUCAGUUUUGAAUGAGAGAAGACGAAUCAUGCAAAAUCUCUUGCCGGGUAAAGCUUGAUCGUGAAUCCACAGAAAAUUUCAAGGAGAUGAUUCAAAAUGAAUAAAGGGUGAAUAUGUGAGUUGUUAAUAUUUCCUCAAUUGCUCUUGAACAGUCUUUCUGUUUUUAUACUGUUUGUCAUGCCUUCAUUUCUUGUGGUUUGUUUUUGUGGCCAUGACUCUAAGUAGAUAGUUACCAUGGGGAGCUUUUUAAACACACGGAAAUAAUAGGGUUAGCCAUUCUUCUGAAUGGAUUACACAGGAUGUUAGAUAAUGUUCCUGUUUCAGUUCACCAUCGAGGUAGAGAUGGAAUUCAAACUGCAAUAUGCAUGCAUGGUUUUCAUGUUGGAUUCAUGGGCAGCUAUUUUGGGGUGAGUCCAAUUGGGCUUAUUUUGCUUUUUCCAUGUUAUUGACGUGUUUGAUAUUUAAUUCAUUUCAUUCACCUCCCAUACAGAGCAACUAUGAGAAGUACUUUAUCAAUAACCACUUGCAUUUCAAAGUCAUUUAUCACAAAGAUGUCAAGACCAAUGCUGAGCAUAUUGUUGGUUUCGAGGUUAUCCCGUACAGUGUGAAUCAUGAGUACCUGCUGCCUUGGGAAGAAGGCAAGAGCUUGAUUACAUGCAAUUCGAGAACCAAACAAAUUGACCUAGCCAGCUCUAUACCUCAGAAUUUGGCAGAAGAUAAGAAGGUUAUAUUCACCUAUGAUGAUACCUUCCAGGAAGCCGAUGCUACCCAGGCAUUGACACUCAUGUCAGUAUUGAGCUUGUAUAGGGGAGCAUCAGAUACGGCAUUAAUCGGGACAUAGACCUGGAACACUUGUGCAAUCUUUUAGUAAGUAAUUAAUAACUAAGAAAAAUAGAUAUAGAAAAGUACAAGGAAUGAAGGACAGAUGUAAAAAGUUAUAAAAUUUAAUAACAGACAAAAAAUUUCAGAGCUACUUUGACUUUAUAUUCAUUCUAGAUCUUUACCAGACUAUUUCUUUUGUCUGUUCAUUGUUAGAUCUUGUAGGUUGUGAUGGAAGAUUGGAUCCAAAUGUUAGAGACGAACUACUUAUGAGAUAGGAAUGGAAUUGUUUUUUG